CUCCUUCGACAGCCUUUGGACCUCGAAGAGGGGUGGGCGUGGCUAUGCAAGCGAAGUGGGCGGAGGCUUCCGGCGAGGUUUGGCACUGACGUGGAGAAUCCAGGGGGAGCCUCUGGGGCUUGACAGGUAAAGGAGGCGAGGAGAGAGCGAGCAGGUGGAUGCGGAUGCUGAGCUCCAGCCAGGCGCUUCCGGUAGUUUGGAGCAGUCAGAGUCUCCCACAAGAAGCCAUCAAUAGUUUGGAACCAUGUUUGCAGACUUGGACUAUGACAUUGAAGAGGACAAGCUGGGGAUUCCCACUGUGCCUGGGACAGUGGUCUUGAAAAAGGACUCUCAAAAUCUGAUUGGUAUCAGCAUCGGGGGAGGAGCUCAAUACUGUCCCUGCCUCUAUAUAGUUCAGGUAUUCGAUAACAGUCCUGCAGCUCAGGAUGGAACUUUGGCAGCUGGUGAUGAAAUCACAGGUGUGAAUGGGAAGUCAGUCAAAGGGAAAACCAAAGUAGAAGUGGCCAAAAUGAUACAGGUGGUGAAGGGAGAAGUGACGAUUCAUUACAACAAACUCCAGGCUGAUCCGAAGCAGGGAAAGACAUUAGAUAUUGUGCUGAAGAAAGUGAAGCACCGCCUGGUAGAGAACAUGAGCUCAGGGACAGCAGAUGCCCUGGGACUGAGCCGAGCCAUCCUCUGCAACGAUGGGUUAGUAAAAAGACUGGAAGAGCUGGAGAGGACUGCAGAGCUAUACAAAGGCAUGACGGAACACACCAAGAGUCUCCUCAGAGCUUUCUUUGAACUUUCUCAAACUCACAGAGCAUUUGGUGAUGUUUUCUCGGUCAUUGGUGUACGGGAGCCUCAACCAGCUGCAAGCGAAGCCUUUGUGAAAUUUGCAGAUGCCCAUCGCAGCAUUGAGAAGUUUGGAAUCCGCCUUCUAAAAACUAUCAAACCGAUGCUGACUGACCUGAACACUUACCUGAACAAGGCCAUUCCUGACACAAGGCUAACUAUCAAGAAGUAUCUGGAUGUCAAGUUUGAGUAUUUGUCUUACUGUCUCAAGGUGAAGGAGAUGGAUGAUGAGGAAUACAGCUGCAUUGCGCUGGGGGAGCCUCUCUACCGAGUCAGUACUGGGAAUUACGAAUACCGCUUAAUCCUGCGUUGCCGCCAGGAGGCACGGACGCGCUUUGCCAAGAUGCGGAAGGAUGUGCUAGAAAAGAUGGAGCUGCUAGACCAGAAACAUGUGCAAGACAUUGUGUUCCAGCUCCAGCGCUUUGUCUCGACCCUUUCCAAGUACUAUGACGACUGCUACGCGGUGCUGCGGGAUGCCGACGUCUUCCCCAUCGAAGUGGACCUGGCACGUACCACGCUGAGCUAUGGGCAGAAGGAUGUCUUCACAGACGGCGCAGAGGAUGAGGACGAAGAGGAAGGUUGCGGAAGCCGCGAGUGCAACAGGAAGGAGGAAGAGAAUGGCGAGAAGCUCAUUGAUGAUGCCUGAGCUCAUGGACUUGAUGGAGUGGGAAAUCCCUUCAGAGACUGAUAAAUUCUAUUUCUCUAGGCAA